CAGUCGAGAUAAGAGAAUUUGCUAUGGAUUAUUGCUAAUUGUAUUUUAAUUGUUUAAUUAAAUCGGGUUGCCUGCCUGCAAAUAAUAAUGACGAUAAUAUCCAAAUUCCAUAAUCCAUCCAUAGCGAGGUGAGGUGGGCUACGAUAGAAGAAGAGACGAUAGCGGCACAGGCCGGACAGCUGUAUGGGCCCCACUAAAAGCUGUGGGUCCCACUGUCCUUGAAAACAUUUCUCCCCCCCUCUCCUCUUUCCUCUCUCCAACAGCAACAAGGUAGACUACAUUUCUCCUCUGAAACGGAAAUCUCUCCCUUCUCUCUGCACAUAAUCGGAAAGGUUAUCUAGGAGAAGAGUAGAGAAUUAUCCUAUUGGAAAGAUGAGAGAGAUCAUAAGCAUACACAUCGGUCAGGCUGGAAUUCAGGUCGGCAACUCUUGCUGGGAACUUUAUUGCCUCGAACACGGCAUCCAGCCCGAUGGAAUGAUGCCUAGUGACACAUCUGUUGGAAUCGCAAACGAUUCUUUCAACACCUUCUUCAGCGAAACCCGUGGUGGCAAGCACGUGCCUCGUGCUAUUUUUGUUGAUCUUGAACCCACUGUGAUCGACGAAGUUAGGACUGGGACAUAUAGACAACUCUUUCAUCCUGAGCAACUCAUUUCUGGAAAGGAGGAUGCGGCAAAUAACUUUGCUAGAGGACAUUACACUGUUGGUAAAGAUAUCAUUGAUCUAUGCCUUGAUCGAGUCCGGAAGCUGGCAGACAACUGCACUGGAUUGCAGGGCUUCUUGGUAUUCAAUGCUGUUGGUGGUGGCACUGGCUCUGGCCUGGGGUCGCUUCUUCUUGAGCGUUUGUCUGUGGAUUACGGCAAAAAGUCGAAACUUGGCUUCAGUAUAUUCCCAUCUCCCCAGGUUUCGACUGCAGUGGUAGAGCCUUACAACAGUGUUUUGUCCACUCACUCCCUUCUAGAACAUACAGAUGUUGUGGUGCUUUUGGACAACGAAGCUAUAUAUGAUAUAUGCAGGAGAUCCUUGGACAUUGAGAGGCCAUCUUAUACAAACUUAAACCGCUUGGUUUCACAAGUUAUCUCAUCCUUGACCACUUCCUUGAGAUUUGACGGUGCCAUUAAUGUGGACAUCACUGAGUUUCAAACCAACCUUGUGCCUUACCCUCGUAUUCAUUUCAUGCUUUCCUCUUAUGCACCGGUAAUUUCAGCAGCUAAAGCUUACCAUGAGCAGAUAUCUGUUCCUGAGAUCACGAAUGCAGUAUUUGAACCUUCAAGUAUGAUGGCAAAGUGUGAUCCACGACAUGGGAAGUACAUGGCAUGCUGCUUGAUGUAUCGUGGUGAUGUUGUUCCAAAAGACGUUAAUGCUGCUGUAGCUACUAUCAAAACUAAGAGGACAAUUCAGUUUGUGGACUGGUGCCCAACUGGUUUCAAAUGCGGUAUCAAUUACCAGCCACCAACAGUGGUGCCAGGGGGUGAUCUUGCACAGGUGAAGCGUGCAGUCUGCAUGAUAAGCAACAACACAGCUGUGGCUGAAGUUUUUUCCCGAAUCAACCAUAAAUUCGAUCUCAUGUAUUCCAAGCGAGCAUUCGUCCACUGGUAUGUGGGUGAAGGUAUGGAGGAAGGUGAAUUCUCAGAGGCACGUGAGGAUCUGGCUGCCCUUGAAAGGGACUACGAGGAAGUGGCUUCAGAAGAUGUGGAAGAGGAGGAGGAAGGAGAAGAAUACUAAAAGCUUUGGAUAGAUCAACAUGUAUCAUCAUCAACUCAAUCCUCAAAUCAUUGUUUCAGUUCCAUUCGUGUUCUUUGUCAACUAUUUUUUAAUUCCAGUGAUUCAUUAUCAUGAGGUUUUGGAGUGCAGAUUUGAGGAAAAAUGUUGCCCAACUGUGUCACUAUUCCGUCACAAUUCACAUUCAGUUUGAUUGUGUUGCAAGUGUAACUACUACUAUAAUAGUAGUACUAUUAGGGGGUGUUUAAUUUGAGUGAUAAUGAUGGAUUGAUUAAUUUUUACACUUA